AUGAAGUUCACUGCCCUCCUUGUAUCUGCAGCAGCAGUCGUCCUCGCUGCCCCAACCCCCAAUUCAAAUAAUGCGGAAAUCGAGGCACGCAAUAUUCGAAUCGUCUCGCCAAAAGACACCUUCCUUCAUUACAUCAACACUGGAGAAACCAACCACGACGUUUACAGCAAACCACUGGUGGUAAAGAACGGCAAAGCGGCCGAGGAAACCAGCGCAGUCGUUACCUUUAGCUUUGACGGGAGCCUUGCCAACCGUCGAUGCAGACUCCGCUUCGACACCUCUCCCGGUGAUAUCUCCAAGGGCUCGCAGCAGCUUGAUGUAUUCAGCGUGAUCAACCCGCCAACCUGGCCUAUUCAGAAACCAUUCAGCAGAGACCAGCAGCGUGGCCGAAUCUACGUUCAAGUCCCCGGACCUGCACAGUGGGUGCAGAGUUAUAAUGGGUAUCCCGAAUUCGAUUGCCCAGUCAACAAGCUUAUUGGAUAUGAGUUCGUUGGUGUUUACGACUAUGAUAUUAUCGACUGGGCUGUCGGUUCAACUGGACCUAGCAUCGAGGUCUUGUGA